CACUCGGAGAGAUCUAGCGUCGGAUGCGAACUGCCAACACGGGCCUUAUCAAGUGUAUUUAUCAAGACGAUUGAACUCUGUUUCGAUCCGCUUGGGGACUCCCGUACCCGUCGCUCUGCCCCGUCGAGCCAUCUGGCUCUUUCCACGCUCAUUUGUGCGGAGUGCCCGAGCGGCCCGAGCGCUUGGAACAGUGACGAGAGUAUCCACACACUCACGACGCGCACAAAUAAACACGACUGUUGCCAAGAAUUUUGUAUGUAUAUCUAUGCUUAUAAGUAACUCAAUUUACAGAUUUGCUCCAUCGAAGCUGAUAACAGGCCGCCAGUGAGUCACAUUAUGCAUCACCUAUGCACAUACAUCAUGUACAUAAAACGUUUAUUCAGUUACAGAUAUAAGGUACAUAUACAGCUCUCCCUAUACGAUAAGUCGAACUAUAAGGAGCUGCUCCAACUAUAAGACCAGCUUCCAUCCAUUUCCAUAUUAUCUGUCCAGAAUAACGUCCCGCUAGAUGCUCCGCAGUGUGGACAACGGAAAGAUUUUCAUAUUUGAUAACAUGGAAAUAUAUUAAUACAGUCUUGGGUUCCACAGUGCCGACCAAAUCUAUACUUUAGCUAGGUUUACGAGGAGAUUCAAGAAAGCAUCCUCAUCUUGACCCCCAUUCUCCCUAUAUACAAGCCUUUGGUCUUAACACUAUGGGCCGACCCUCCCGAGCUCCAGCAACACUUGUGCGACGGGGGUUGGGACCGGACCAUUCACAGGGUGCCUAAAGCGGCGAUUAGACGCUUGAAUGGCUGCACAGGGCCAACACCCUGUCAACACGCCGAAAUUGGCUAACGGCCAACGGCCAACGCACAUGUUCGAUUACGGCCAAAGAGCGACCAAGCAGAACCAGCGCCAGCAAGCACUAUCACCAGUCCAGUCCACGCGUGUAUGCGCGUCCACAUGGUGUGCUGGUCUGGUACUCGUACUAGGCCUGAUACUGGGUUGUGCUUGACUGAGUGCGCAGGGGUAAUGAGAGCCGCCAGCAGGCGCAGGCGCAGCACAGACGAGCGGGGAGCUACUGGCCAACUCUGCUCCUGGCACCGCUCAACGUUUGUCCGCAUUCCGUGGCCAGUCGCAGCGCGAGACGGAACUCGGCUCGGAGAACCCAGAACACAGAACACACACAGUCCCAGCCCCAGUGCCAGUCCCAGUCCCAGUGCCAGCCCCCGUUGACAGUGCCAUCCAGUUCAAGCCCAGCUCCUGGCGGCUAGUGCUCGUCCUGUGCAUCCUUUUGUUUAUUGUCUUUUUUUUUUUUUUCGUUUUUGACUGCUGGUUACGUUUUUUUUUCCUGUGCCUCCGUGUGUGUUUUGGGUGUCGCGUGAACUGCACGAGAGCCAGGCCUGGGCGAUUGUUGAGAGCCAUGAUUGUCAAUAUGCCCGUCAAUGGCACGGGCAGUGUGAGUGCUCCCGGUGUCCAUCUCAGUCCCGCUUCGAACAACAACAACAACAACAACAGCAACACCACCAACAAUAACACCACUAGUGACGGCAACAACUCGAACAGCGGAACCCUGGUAGGAGACUGCGAAUACAACUUUUUGAAGCGCAAGUACGAGUCGCAGGUGGAUGGACAGGACCUAGCCCUGGGCCCGGACUACGACCAACUUGAGGGGAACCCCUGGAAGAAACGUCACCUUGAGUACGAUGCCGGCGACCUGCACUUUCACCUCCAGCUGGAAUCGCCAGUAGCCAGCAGCACGGCCAGUGGCGGCUCCGCUCCUGCUGCCGUUGCGACUAUACCUGCCACUGGGCCCCCUGAGUCCUCGGCCGCUUUCAUUAACGAUCUGUUCGCCUACGACAGCAGUCUCCUAGUGCCGUCCGGCGCGUUCUGCGGCCCUACCAGCGCGCUGCCCACGCCCACAUUGAGCGCCCCCCUAGAGGAUGGACCCGGCGGCGGCUGGCAGACGGGCGAGCUGCUCGAGCUCGAUCAUCGCUACAACUCCGGUCUGCAGGCGGAGAUUGGCCAGCUGAGCGCUACGCUGCCGCCCCCUGUGUCGCAGUGCAGCAAUAGCUCCCAGCCCCAGUCCCAGUCCCAGCCUCAGCAGCAGCCCCAGCAGCCCCAGCAGCAACAGCAGCAGCAGCAGCAGUCCCAGCAGCAGCACCAGUCGUCGGCGCAGGUGGUGCAAAAUCAGAGCUUCAUGGUCCCUCUGAAGCAGGCGGGAUGUCGGACUAUGCCCACCGGCAGGCGCACUUCGUCGGGCUCCACAGGCACGCCCACGACUACGACGACUAGCGAUGGUUCGGAGGCGGACUUUGAGGACAAGAACCUGUCGUGGCUGCUCAACUUCAAAUUCGACGAGUUCCCCCAUCUUUCGCCCCAUGGCCAAGGGCAGGGCCAUGGCCAGCCGGUGGGUCAAGCCGAAGCCGGCACGCCCACAACCGCUGUCAGCACAUCGCCCUGCAGCUCUACCUCGUCCCCGUCCGCGUCCGCAUCCACAUGCACCACGAACUCGAAUCACUCUCUCAACUCCAGCCAGAGCCAUGGCGCCCUGAUGGACCAGCGGGCCCGGUCCCCCAAGAGCUGCACCAGCGCCUCGAUCAGUGCAUCAACAGUCGGAGGAGGAUCAGGAGGAAGUGGAGGAGGUGCCGGCGGCAGUACUGUAUCAGGAAACAUUAGCAGCUCCACCAAGACCGGGCGCAAGUUCGAGGAGCUGGUGAUGGAAGUCACCUCGGAGCUGGAUGGCAACGAUAUGAUAGUGGCCGAGCAUGUUGUGGUCGAGGAUACAACCUCCAAGGCGCCAAAGAAACCACCGUUCACCUACACGGAACUCAUCGAAUACGCCCUCGAGGACAAGGGUGAACUGACUGUGUCGGGCAUAUACCAAUGGAUAUCCGAUCGCUUUCCGUAUUACAAAUCGAACGAUGACCGCUGGAAGAACUCGGUGCGACACAAUCUAUCCAUCAAUCCGCACUUCCGCAAGGGAGUAAAGGCGCCCCAGGGCGCUGGCCACUUGUGGGCCAUCUCCAGCGGAGAUUCGGCCGAGAACGUCUUGGCUUGGGAGCACAAGAAGCAACGACUGGAUUUGUUCUUCAAAAUGGAGUCCAUCAACCGGGAACGCAUUCAACAGCAUCAGCAGCAAAUCCAGCAACAGCAGCAGCAACAACAACAGCAACAGCAACAACAGCAACAGCAGCAACAGCAACAGCAGCACCAGCAACAGAAUAGCCACUCGCCGCAACAGGGACAGGGGCAGGGGCAGGGACUACAUCAAACGAGCAAUGGCUGCCUGUACGAUGAGGCCGCUGUGGCAGCUGCCACACUCACGCAGGAGAUGCUGCAACACUCCUCAAGUACGGCGAAUGAGUCAACGGCAGGACAGUCGCACCACCACUCCAAUCAUCAUCACCAUCAUCACCAGAGACUGCUGCCCUUCAAUGAUCUGCUGAGCGACGACGAGCUGCGCAAGACGGCCGGCCAGAUUUUAAACGGCAUCCAUCGCGAGGUGGAGGUGCAGUCGGUGAACUCCAUUAUCAGCACCUAUCACGACGUGCUGCUGGACAAUGACUAUCUCAAUCCCAUACACAAGGACGUCGUUGUCACGGAGAGCGGUCUGAGGCAGCAGCAGCAUGGCGUGGGCAGCGGGAUACACAUGAACAGCGGCAAUAUCAACAGCCUGACCCACUCGCACUCGCAGUACUAUAUCACCGAGAUCGAUCCCAUGGAGCUGGGCAUACAGAUGUCGCACCAGGUGGAACCCUCCGAGGAGGAGGUGCUUUUCAGCGAUGAGUUCAAUCUCAACUACUUUGGCUACAAUCCCGGUAGCGAUAUUGUCGCUUGACCGCGUAGACAACAGUCGGAAUCGGGUUCGGCUUUGGGUUCGGGUUCGGUUCCAGUGUCCGUUUCCAUUCCCACUCCCGUUUCCGUUCCCGUCGCUUCAGCUCCGGCUCCAGCUCAGCCAAGCAAUUGAGAUGGGUCCCCAACCCAGUGCUCGCUCCAUGCCACACAACAAUCGUAACUGUAGCAGAUCCUACUCAUAAGCCAAGUCUCAACGAAUACUAGUCACACAUUCAGCACACAAAAACACUCACAAGUAACCACCUAAGGACUUCCCGUCAUAAGCGCCCCCCGCCCCCUCCCAUUUGUAUAGUCUAGUCUUGAGUGUACCAAUGCAAAUACCUAUCAUGUAAUUUGUGUCCAUUUUUUGUCUAUAUUUUAGUUGAAUACAUAGGAGCUAAGUAGCUCACUAGCGUUAAGGAUAUAUUGUGUGUACGAGUAUAUCCCCCGAUAGCUCCUCCCCGAAUUUAGUUAAGUGUUUCUACAAUUAGUCGAAUAAACCAUACCAACCUAACUAAUCUAGGCCUAGAGCAUAUCGAGUAAACCUAAUCCUUGUAUGUACUUACGGAUACUCUUUACCCCUACCCAUGUCUACCCAAGUCUACCCAUGUCUGUAGUAGUAACUGCACCUAACUGGUUUUAUUCAUUAUUGCAAAAUAAACCCUUUUUUUUAUUAAA